AUGGAUGCUCGUGCGGCUGCCAGGAACGAGGCAAACGCUGCGUUCGAGACGGCUGGCAUGCGAGGCCCGUGCGGCCGCAUCGACGGCCGAGAGGAGGGCUUCUGGUCUAGCGACAGGCUGGCGGCAGACGGGAGUUCUGGCAGCUCGUUGCGCUUCGAUCUGCACAGCUGCGAGCUGCACCGCUACACCGCUUCGGAGGCGAGGCGCUGUCUGGCGGGGAAGCACCUUGUGCUCGUGGGUGACUCGCUGAUGCGGUAUCCAUACCUGAGCUUGGUGCACCUGCUCCACAGAGGCAGCUACCCAGACCCUGGCCUUCCUCUCUGGCAGUUCCGCAGGGGAGAGGAGUUUCCUAACGUAUGCCAGGAGAAGGACUACCAAGACAUGCACGGAUGGCUUGGCAGGGCGAAUUUGUCAGAGUACAGCGGAUGGCCUGCGUUCAUGAUUCACACCAGCCAGUACUUUGACGGACAUGAGCGUUGCGACUGCUUUCGCAGCACUAUCGAAGAGACAGUGGAAAAUCGAUACUUCAAAGACCCCAGCAGUGGCACCGCCAUCUCCUACUUCACCAAGACUUACCUUCCGAUUCAUGGGCACUGGCCCGUGCCGCGAGGUUCGCCUCCGCCAGGUUUUCUCACUCCCGAGGCGUACGCAGAGAUCGGGCGAUCCAAAGUGACGUGGAACGUAUCAAAUGCGGACUUUGUCAACACCGUCUUGCCCCUGGUCGAGGAGCUGCAGGGCCCUGUGCACACCGUCCUGUGGAAUCAGGGGCUGUGGAGCGAGCCGACCGUAGAAGAGAUGCAGGGCAUGGCAAGAAGCACCCGGGACUUCUUUCGGAACCGCUCCGCCCAGUUUUUCUGGAAGACUACGACUCGCGCAGGAGCUCAGACUGCCGAGGAGCUCGACGGCUUCCUCAGGCUGCAGCGAUCGUACGCCAGAGCGCUCGACGGGAUGGGAUGGCGCAUCCUCGAUGCCGCCCGGACUACACGCGACCUCACAGCUAUCGUCGAAGAGGGCAUGAACCCUGCACUGUGGAAGGACUUGUUCAACCAGGGACCUGUCGCCACCGCCAACCGAAGCAUGAAAUUGGAAGUGAGGGCGGUGCACUGGGACCCGUACCACUACCGCCCCUGGGUAUACGCCGAGUUGAACAACUUGUGGCUCAACAUGCUGUGCAACGAGUAG